GAACACUCUUUUCCUGUUCUUUUGCGACUCUAAUCUCGCUCCGCUCCCUUUCUUUCUUUCUUUCCUUCUAUAUUUCCGCUGUCGAGUGCCAUUUCGACCGGUUCACGUUUAUCUUCCUUUUCCACGGUGUCCAUCAAGUCUUUGUCGUGCCCAUUCUCUCAAACUCUACCCUUACCCGUCGGUUUUGUCGUUGCCUUCGCCUUUUCUUCUUCCCAAACCACUCUCUCCCUCUCUCUCUCCCUUCUACCUUCUUCCCUUCGAUCAAACUCCGCCCCCACUUCUUCACAUACUCGCUCCCUUUCUCUAGACAUACUUUCCUAGUUCGGUGUCGGGUUUCGCGAUUUGAAAACUUACCCUUACUCCACACCCAAAUCACACCUUUCUCUCCAACAACUCCCUCUCCGUAACCUUACCCUCACCAUCUGCUGUCAACGUUCGUUGUCGUCAGCCAUACAGAAGCCCUGUUCCCCGGCGUUUUUUUUUUUGUCAACCUUCAACCGUCAUCUCCCCCCAUUAAUAACCAUAUAGUGCCCUUCCGCGCUAAAUAUUCCAGUCUCCCACCACCUUGUUGCCAUCCCGAUAACACACCUCUCCCGUCUGCUCACGACCACGGCCACCACUGCCACACCCCAACCGACGAGCGAUAUCCGGCGAACGACCACUGCGGUCGAUAUAAAGCAGUACCCCUUCAAAAUGGUGUUCAACGACUCUAACCCUUCGGUAUUUUUCACCAAUAUUUUUCUCUUCCUUCUGUCACUUCUUACUAGAUCUGCUGCUGAAUUUCUGUUUCCUCGUGGUAUAAUACAGUUCAGCAUCGCCAGCAUUCUAAGUCGCUACGACUCCUCUGCCACCGCCACCACGCCAUCCACAAUCUCAAAACCACUCCCUCCAAAGAAACCGGCUAAUGUUGCGAAGCCAAGUAUGUUUCUGUUCCCCCCCGUUACUUCUAUUUCCUCGCUUGUCGAAUAUGGUUUCACGGUUUCGGCUCCAAUCCUUUGCUUGUGCUAUUUUAAGCCAAUCUAUUGGCUCUUUUACUGACACCUCAUGUGCGCCCUUGAUAGAUGGUACUGGCUCCGGACCAAUCACCUCCACCACCGCACCACCACCCCGAUCCUCCCUAUCAUCUGCAUCCAAGUCCACCGCAUCGCAAGCGUCUCGAGACAGCACAACAAGAGUGGUAACUUCAUCCAAGCCGGACAUCAACUCCACCAAAAGGCGCAAAACCGAGGAAGUCCCAAAGAGCUCAUUGGCGUUAUUGAAGGAAAGGAAGGAGUUACUCCAGCGUAAAAGCGGAGGGGUGGCCACCAGCACCUCAAUUGCUAUGUCCAGCUCCAGCAGCAAAGCUGGCCCUCUAAGAUUGUCAACUGGCACUGCCACUGCUAGGCCAGGUUCUGGAACCAAGACAACAGAGGCCGCUAAACCCGCAGCCGAAGCUCCGAAACCGAUGUCCUAUCGUGAGAGGAUGGCAGCUGCCUUGCAGGCUGGAGCGGAAAAAAAGCCGGCUGCGGGAACUAUCACCCAUAAAGCCCGGCCUUUGGUGAAGGAAAAGAAGGCCUGGCAGUUGAAAUUGGAAGGGCAGGGAGAAGGGAAAGGAGCGGAUACUACGGCCGGCAGGAGUAGUAAAAGCCCGGGAGUUUCUGGAGGGGAAAAGGCGGCUCCCACUUCAAAAAAGAUGGCCGAUGUAAGCAAACCAGCGAUGAAAAAAUCAUCUAACGGAACAAAUGGCUCCGCCAAUGGGGUCGGCAGCGCAAACGGUGCAAACGGGCGAAAAUCUUCUGUCGGGAAUGGGACCAUGUCUUCUUUAAAGGGCAAAGACAAGGACAGGGGUAAACCCCUAGAAGCUGGUACAAAGAGGAAGCGUGAAAGUCCCCCGCCAAAAUCCGGAUACUCUAGCUACUCGAGAAAUAAAUAUUCCACCAACCACAAGCGAUACAGGGGCCCUCGGCCGGACUCGUAUGAAGAAGAUGAUCCCGACGAUGAUUUCGUGGUUAAUGAUGAGGAUGAUGAAGAUGAUGCAUAUGGUAGGGGUGCUGGCUAUGGUGGCUUUACAAAGAAGAAGUAUGUCGGGUUUAACUUUCGUGCAGCACUAUCAUUUCCAAUUCAGACCACCAACAAGCUAACCAAUUUAUAGAUAUUCAUACGUUGAGUACGAUUCAGCUAGUGAUAUGGAAGCUACCGGAGCAGAUGUGUUGGCAGAGGAAGAGCGCAGUCGUCGUGCUGCAGCCAAAGAGGACGCUGCGCAAGAGAAAUUGGAAAGAGAGUUGGCUGCCAAAAAAAGCGGCCCUCAAAAAGAAGGGUGUCCUCGCCAAGAAGAAGUAGUUGCGAUUGUAAGGGUUUCCUGACACUACGAACAUUCCCCGUAUCACUAUCACCUUCACUUCCGUUUCUUGUAAUAUUCUUAGGCCCCAAUUAGGGUUCAUUCGGUACACCUCCUGUUGGGCGAUCCUUUCAUAUCUAAUCCCUUGCUAAAAACAGUUCAAUGUGGGGUUUUUUUUUACUGAUGCUUUUUUAUCAUCUCUGGUGUUUGGAGAGGUCGCUUUUUCUCAUUCUCUUUUUCUUUUCUCCUUCCUUUUUCCCCUCCUUUCUCUAGAAAGGAGCCUUUGUAACAGGCAAAUUUUCCUUUGUUGGCUCCUUGUCACUACAUACCACCUACCCGCCACCCCCGUUCUGCACUCAAACCAGGGCUUUUUGUUUUGAGCUGUAACACUUUUUCCUCCCUCUUUACAUUCUGUUGUAUCAAAUUUCUUCGGGCUUCUCUCUUGGUACGGUCAUCUUGCGCCGGCGUUGUUCACGGACUUCUCUCCUAUUGUCAUUAUCCCACCUAUUUUUCAAUUGCGGAGAACCGCUGCCUAACUCUUCAUCCUUCCCUUUUGUCUUUGGACGUUCUUUUGUUUGCUAGUCGGAGUAUGGUUGCAACCUAGAGGAGUUGACACUGAAGGCGAAAUGGUAUGAUAUCCGUUUUCCCACAUCCUUGAACAAUAUCUGGGGGUGCUUGGGUGCCUGGAUGGGUGGGUGGGUGGAAUUGUGUGUAGCCUUGAUCUCUUUGAGUCAAUGUGUGCACAUAUGUAUGUAUGUAUAUAUAGCUGGACGCGUCGCAAUCCAAACGAGAUGACCACAG